AGCAGCCCUGGGUCAUCGCAGCACGGCGCUGUGUAGCGACAUCGGAAAUGGUAUCUAGGACGGCAGUGGACAAGGCCCUUCGGAAGAAGGGCCUUGUCGAGGCGAGCGAACUAGGGGUCCUGUUGGCCUUCCUCCAGGACCAAAGUGAUGACCAAAUGAGCCAGUGGAUGAUCCGGGACACGGACGAGCCUGAAAUCAUCGCCGCCUUUGUCCGGGCUAGGGCGGCGAAAGAUGGCGACACAACCGCGCACACGGACCAGGGCAAGGGCGACCAGCUGGAUGACAACGUCGUGCAGCAGCAGCUGGGCGCCACCCGCAAGUUCACAGGGCAAGUGGUGCACGAUUUCACUGACCCCAAGACCGGCAAGGCAUGCCAGAUGCCGAGCUGCGUCACCCUCAUCGACACCAAGUACGCGGCCACUUUCGCGCACCGCCGCACAUGGACGGAAGGGCAAGACGUGGAGCUGGAGAUCUGCAGCGGCACGGACCCCAACAGCAUGCGAGCUGUCAAGGCCAAGGUGUUCCACAUCAACCCGGAACUUGACUUCGCCCUCCUGAAGCUCACUGACGACGAGGAGCUCCAAGCGCCCAACAUCGAGCCCGGCCCAAGGGACGGGAUGAAGUUCUUCGGCCAUGGCCUGUCCUGCCCGGGAGGGACCAGCAGCAAUGUGUGCCGCGGCGUCAUCACCCGGGCCCACAUGGUCGGCAACAGGUAUAUCGCCCUGGACAGGAUCAGCGGCAAGGGCGAUCCGGGUGGAGGCAUCUUCUCCGCGGCCACUGGAAGGCUGCUGGGGGUGCUGGUCGGCCGAGACACGGACCUCGACAAGUCGUACAUGAUCCAGGCCAAUGUCCUGCUGGCGGCAACGGUGGAGGAGACGUUCGACCCGGACCCCCCGCCGUCAGGCCAGUUUUGGUGAUGCCCCACCAGCAGGGCAAGCAGCAGCAAGUGCGGGCGGCCAUGUUCCGCGGCCGGGCCCGCCGCCGGGGCCGCAGCAGCAUGUAUGUAUGAUGGAGCGGCUAGCUGACGACACGGGUGCUGGCAGCAGCCAGGCAGGCAGCCGCCGCCUGAUGAGCUAGACGGCUGGAGGGCGCAAGCACGCAACGAGGGGAUGACGAGCACGAUGCGGGCCUGAUACAGCCUCGUCGCCCGCCUGUAUCAGGCCCACAUCGUGCUCGUCAUCCCCUCGUUGCGUGCUUGCGCCCUCCAGCCGUCUAGCCGUCAGGAGCUGUGAGCCUGCCGCUGGCGAUGUGGCUGGCGACAAGGAGUGGAAUAGGCGAGGCGGCAUUGAUGUAGUUGUCUGGCAGGCGUGGCCGCGUGUGCAACGUCACAUGGUGAGAUGACGCCGCGUUGCGUGUGAGGCACACAGGCGGGCAUACCAGACGAGUGUGGCUGUUUUGAGGCCUGCAACAGCAGGGGCGCCUCGGCGCUGGGCAGGCGAGUCGGCGGCUGUACCCGCCACUGCUGUAUGCGCAAGUACACCGAUAGAACCUCAAGCUGCGCAACAUGCUUGCAUAUGUGGUACGGCUGACGGACCACGUGCCUCGGGGGCCGAUGCCUCGCGGCAGUUGCAGGAACUGGGGCGUGGGUAGGUCUCAUCAGCUGAGAGACCCCCAAACUGUGCUGUGAUGGGGGAUGGCCGGCUAUGUGCCGUUGAUCAGAGUCACACGCGAGUGGCGAUGUUGAUAGUGAGUGCCGCAGUGCUGUUGGGGCUUAUUUUCACAUUGUCGGGUUCUGUGGCUGUGUGCGCACAACAUUGUGGUCUCUCUGCAUAACACCGGUACCAACGUUUGAGGUGUCACCAGGCAGCCCCACGAAGGGCUGCGUAGUGUAAGCAGAGGGCUCCCACACGACCACACCUACCAGGACACCCGGGCGGAAUUUCAUGUCUCGUUUCCGUUCAGCGUUUAGGCCUCAAACGCUCAACGUCGGAUUGGGGAUGGGGAAAGGUUGCCCCCCAAGCAUGUGUACUAGGAGGGAAAGUCAUGGGUGUUGACCCGAGGUACUGGCACCGGGUUGCCGUACAUGUCACGUCUGUUGCUUGUAAGAAGCUGGGGCC